AUGACAGACAACCCAACAGACCCUAUACUUCCAGAGCCGGGAGUGCUCAGGAACUCUGCGGAACGCCCAGACCCUGGCCAAGACAGGCAGUAUGAAGGUGCAACCUCAAACCCCACGGGGAGGGUUGAGUCCGACAAGGGGGCUAAGCGAACUGCGCCUCUUUUGCGUUGUAAGGUAAAAACGAUCAUCUCAACCUUCAACGCAAACACCAUCCGCCUCUUGCCUCGAUACACAGAGUUGGCAUCACAGGCAAGCAGCUACGAGAUCUCCAUCCUGGGGAUCCAAGAACACCGUCAUGUAUACCCUGACGAAGAGAUAGAGGGGAUGCACCUCAUCACCUCGUCCGCAUGGAGAGAGCCGACGACGAUGUCAGCACAAGGUGGAGUAGGGCUGAUGUUGAACAGCAAGGCGAAGAAGGCACUGAGGGGCGUAGUCUCAGUCAGUGACAGAAUCCUUACUGCAGAAUUCGACGGAAACCCGGCGACCUCUGUCAUCAUCUGUUACUCCCCGCACAACAGCAGCGAGGAGAAGGAGGUGGAGGCCUUCGACAGUAAACUUCACCAAGCUGUCACUUCAAUACUGGCACAUAACUUCCUGGCUGUGCUCGGCAAUUUUAAUGCCCAGGUCAGACUGGAAGAUAUUCCAUACUCAUACCAAGAUUUUACCAACAGAAAUGGACAAUAUCUAGUUGAUUUCAUCCAGGAACACAGUCUCAUUGCUGCUAACACACAAUUCAAGAAGCAAGCUGGUAAACUGUGGACAUAUGAAAACAGAGCCUCCAUCUACAGGAAACAGCUCAUCUACAUCCUUGUAAGAACAAAAUGGCGUAAUUGUGCGAUCAACACAGAAGCCUACAGCACCUUCAACUCAGUCAGUUCCGACCACAGAGUAGUGUCAAUGCAAGUGAGACUGAGCCCGUGGGAACCCACAGCCACAGGUUCCAAGGAGAAGAUAGACUGGAAGGCAUUCUCCUCACAACCUGUUCUUCAAGCUCAGUACACAGUGGAGGGCCAAGCUCCGAAUGAUUUGUUAACACGCUAUGGGAGAAGGCUUUAUGAACAUCCCCACCUCCUGAGUACAGAUGUGUUUGCAUCACAAUUUUACUUCAGCGGCCUGCUGGCGUUCUCCUGCCAGCCUCCCCGAAUAAGUAAUGCUCAUUUGGAUAAGGCAAUGAGCAUUGGCCAGCACCUGUGA